AUGGCCGCGCCCGUUCCCUAUCAAUCCCCGUACCCAGUAAGCAAAAACCUCGUCACACUUUCCCUUUCCAAUUAUUUUUCAAGAACGGCGCCUCCGCUCAAACUCUGCAGAGCCUGGCAGCCUUCAACCAUCCACUGAGUGAAGACAACUCGAGGAGAAGCAGAAUUGGGGUGAAUAUUGUCGUUGUGUCUAGUGGUUCCUUCCCCUAUUCCUUGCUCUUCUUUCAGCGCUUCUUCCGGGCGGUCCGUCAGCGAAUGCGUCUGUUUGGGGAGUCUGUGCAGCAGGCGGUCAACCGGGUUCCCCUGUGAUGUUUUAACUUUUAAAAAGGGAAAACUUAAAUGAACCUUCACAUUGUUACUACUAGUUUGCAUGCCUCAUACUUUGUGUUGUGCUGUGAUUGUGAUUUGUGGUGCUCUUUCAGUUCCUCCUCAAAAUGGCCGGACCAGCUGCCCUCCGCCCGUCCGAUGUAAGCUUCUUCUCCUUAUUCCACUGUUUUCGCUAGAUAGACUAACUUUAAGAACCUCACUAACGCGGAUCUCCUGCGCCGGAUCGCCGCUACCGACAGCGCGGUCAUCAACCGCUCCCCCGUUCACGCCGUUUUGGAGGUACCGGGACUACUAAACUAACUAGAAACCUCUUGUUUUAGGGGUUCCGUCUUGCGAUCCUGUAUCGCAUGAAUGCUUUCGGCGAGACAUUCUUAGAGGCGUUUGAAGUGCUCUACCCGUUCUAUCUCCUUAACCAAUAA